AUGAUUAGAGAGGCAGGCGUAGAGCCACCAUUUAUAGAUUCUACAGCCCUCAUCUAUCGUGAUGCCAAGGGCCGCACAGCACGCAAGUACCUUCGUAUAGGAUUUCCUACCACCGACACUGACGUGAUACUUUCGCAGCAACCCAACAUAUCACACGAAUCAUUUACUGUCAAUCUCAAUAUUCCCAAGCUGAAAGAGGGCCAUGAAUUGAAAUCAUGGCAAGAAACAGGAGCAAGAAAGCUAGCAGACUCGUGCAACUUCCUCCUGAGCGGCUUGGUUAUUGGGGGCGAGACGGGACUGGACAAAUCACUUAUGGCUCUUGCAGCAAAUUUACACCAACUGGAUUAA